GUCCAGGAUUUUUUUGAGAAGCUUGACAAGGUCUUGAAGGAGAAUGAGAUUCCAUGGGAGAACGUGUAUAAUAUGGAUGAAAAGGGGAUCCAGCUUGGAGGCGGUCGAAAGUCAAAUGGCCACCAUUUUUUCUUCUCUCGUGAUGGCCGACAAAACUACAAGAUCCAUGGCGGUACCCUGGAGCUUGUAACAGUAAUAGAAUGUAUUUCUGCAGUCAGUAGCAGCAUCCCCCCUAAAUUUAUCUUUGCAGGAAUGACAGUUGAUCCAGAAUCAUGCGAUGUUCACCCCAACAUUUUCUUAACUACAUCAGAAAAUGGAUGGAGUAACGACUUCCUUUGCACUGAGUGGUUUCGAAAAACAUUUAUUCCACAGACACGCGCUCAAAACCAAACUGGCAAGCCCAUCCUCCUCAUCUGCGACGGCCAUGGGUCUCACAUGACUGUGAACAUGAUUGAGCUCACGGUGGAGAAUCAAAUCCACCUGCUUUGUCUUCCUCCGCACACCACCCACCGCCUCCAACCUCUCGAUGUUGGUGUAUUUGGUCCCAUGUAA